GAAUUUCCUUACCGUUAGUUGGCGUUUGAAACAGGAAACAUGAGAUUUUUUCAAAUAUUGGUUAUAACGAUCGUCGUCAAAAGUUCAGUCGGAUUUUUAAUGACACCUCCGUUAGGCAACUAUCAGAGUGAGGUAGCCAAAAGGGAAUUGCUGAGAUUGAUAAAAGUGCGCCAAUUGGUUGUGAACAUCUACAACGCCCUCACGUUGGACGUGAGGGUUCGCAAGGAAGAGUUGAGCAAUAUGAUCGACCGGGAAAUCCACUAUUUGAAAAGGAAUAUAAAAAACCACCUGAGUUCGGACACUUACGUGCCGAACAUGGGCUUACUGGAAAACCUGUACGAUUAUAUUAUGUCAAACUGGACUUACGAUAAGUACGAAGUACUGCUUGACGAUUGGGCGAGGACCGUCGAGAGUGACACCUCCGUUGAUUUGAGCUCUCCCUUUUUGGAGAUAGUCGCUACCUUUGUCACCGACCCUUUGAAUUUUUUAGGAAUAGAAUCGAGUUAUAAACUGGUUGUGACACCGAGGAAGCCCGAUACUUGCGUCAAGUCUUUCGUCGCCGAUCUGAUCCAAAACUCCAAACGUGUGAUCAAGGACUACUACAGAUCCGCGUUGAACCUGACCCAAAAGGGCCAAAAGUCACAAGCCGUCAAGAUCAUGAACGAUUUCAACAAACUGGCACUAGACCUUAGCCGAAUGAAAGACGAAAAUAGCCGGUUUCACGCUGAACACCUCGCGACCUACAUAGACGGCCUGAAAGGCAAAGACAUGGUCACAGCGAUCGGCAGCCACGAAUUUCUAUACAUAGUAUUCCGAGAAAAUAUUCAUUACGACGUGAAAAAUGAUAGCCACCUCGACACCCAAUAUUGGAGACGUGUGAUGAAGUUUCUGAACCAACCGUUGGGAUUUUUAGGUCAUCACUUCGAGUUAUACAACAUCGAUCGAGAGAUAGCGACAUGUCUCAAAUUCAAUAUGAUUUCAUUGAUACAAAAGAGGAAGAAGGCUGCCUUACAGUAUAAGACCUGUGCCGUCGAGUUCGACCCGAAGAAAUUGAACAGUUUGAAGCACCAAAUCGAAACUUUCAGGGAUCAGCCAUGGAUGAAGAUCCUAAACGAGUUCAUAGACAACCACGUGCCGUUGAUUUCCACCGAAGAGUCAAUAAGCGUCGAGAGGUACCUCUUCACGGUGAACCACUUCGCCAAGAUGAUGACAGGCGAGCCUCUCGAAGAACUGGACACGAACUUCUGGAUGGAAGUGAAGACUUUUCUCACGGGUCCUUUCAAUUUUCCAGAAACCACAUUGAAGAGAAAGGAGAAUGUGGACGGACAAAAAGAGAACUCCACCGUCAAAAGUCAAAACUUAAUAAAAUUUCAGAUCGAAGACGAAUUUAAGAAUCGUUUUCUCAAGAAGAUAACGGACCGUAUUGGAGAGAUUGGACGAAUGCUCCAUUCCGGUCCUAAAUCUGAUUAUCUUCCACACCAGCUCGAUUCUUUAAAAUCAGACAUGGAUGAAAUGAAUUGCCAGGGGUUCAAAUCGCUCAUCGAAUACCUCAACAAGAACUAUUGGCCUAAGUGGACUGAGUCGAAGAAGGACCCAGUGCACGUUGCUCAGAUGUACAAAUGGUUCCUGACCUACCUAAGCGGCACGGUGAAAAGUCCUACCUUCAAACGGUCGUACUUCGAGACUAAAUGUUGGAAAAGGAUAAUGGAGUUCGUCAAUCCAGUACCGAUUUGACCCGUGUGGGAAUGAGAAGAAAUGGGCCUUUGUGUUUCCGUCCUGACAUGUAAAUCAAAGCUGUUUAAUAAAUAAUUAAAAUAAG